AUGCUGUGCGUGUCUGUGCAUCUCUUAUUCCUUUCAGGUUUUUGUGACUUUGAGAUGGACUUGUGUGGUUGGGUGAACAGCCCUCCGACAGAGUUCGGAGUGGACUGGGACUGGCUCUCGGGCAAAAGUGAAAGUAGUCUGAAGCCAGUGAUGGACCACACCACACAUUCUUCUUUUGGCCACUUUGCGUUCUUCCUGUUCUCUGAUUCGGAAUUACAAGAAAUUGCUCGACUGGAGAGCGAGUCGAUGGCAGCUGUGGACCGAGCUUGCCUGGAGCUCUGGCACUUCUCAGAUGGGUGGUCAUCAAAUAGUCCUUCAAAGAUUACACUGACAGUGUUUGUGAAUGAGAGUGCAGGAAUGCGCCCCGUGUGGAAUACAAAUGGAUACAUGAAUGGAACGUGGAUCCUGGACAGGGUGGAUUACAAUGCAUCAGAGCCUCACCAGAUUAUUUUACAAGCCAGUUGUAACAACACACUGGGAGGAAGCUUUUCCCUGGACGAUGUCCACAUCAUCAGGGACAAGUCCUGUGAUGACAUGAUCCCUACCACCACCUCGGCCCCUGCCACCGUUACCACCACUGCUCCUGCCUCUCCCAUGGACUGCACCUUUGAACAAGGUCUGUGUAAUUGGGUCCAAGAGGACAGUGAUGAAUUUAACUGGACUGUCAGUAGUGGACUUCAAGUGGCACAACCGUGGGAUGGACCUCAGUAUGAUCAUACUGUUGGAAAUAAUCAAGGUUCCUUUUUGCUGUUGAAUGGAUCCAGUUCCAAGAAUGGAGAGAGAGCGGCCCUGUCUCUUCCUCUCAUCAGUCCUUCAUCACAUAUCUGUGUUGGUUUCUGGUAUUACAUGCUUGGACCUUCUGUGUCCACCCUGGAUCUGCUCGUUCGAACUAAAUCCUCUGAGCUGUUAGUCUGGACUCGCAGAGGGACCCAGAAUCCAGAGUGGUUGAAUGCACAAGUAACCAUCAGCAAGAACGACACAACACAGAUGGUGUUUUCUGGCCAUAGAAACACAAACAGCCGAGGCUUCAUCGCUGUUGACGACGUCACAGUGAGGGAGGGGGCCUGCACUAAUCAGAAAAUGUGUGGGUUUGAAUCCAACUUGUGUGGCUUUGAGAACGAUGUCAAUCAUAGAGGUCAAUGGGGUCGCAAAAGGGGAACACAACAUCAUGUGGAUCACACCUAUGGAACUGAAAAUGGUUUCUAUGUGACUGUGAUGGAAACAAAUGCCACACAAACUGAAGUGGCUCAGCUGCUCACACUAGAGUUCACUUCAGCUACAGAGAUGUGUAUGCGCUUCUGGUACUGGUUACCCACUGGUUCCUCCAACAGCCUGGCUGUCCAUGUGCUGCACAGCGGGCAGCAGAGUAAUGCCCUUUGGCAACGGUCUGGAGAGCCCUCUACAGGCUGGGAGGUGGCAGAAGUCACCGUGUCCUCCCCGGGGAAAAAACGUGUGGGGUUUAGGGCUGUCCGACUGCCAGACACUGACUCUGUGGCAAAACUAGAUGAUAUUUCUGUGAGAGAUGGAGCCUGCAAUCCUCCAGGCAGCUGUGACUUUGAGUCCGGGCAGUGCAGCUGGAUCAACAUCCCUAAAGAAGAUGGACAUGAUUGGGUGAUGGCCAAUGGGGGCUUCCAUGGUCCACCGACAGACCACACCAUUCAGACCCCAGAGGGUUGGUUUUUGUUGAGCUCAUCACUUCACCUAAACCACAGCAGUCGCGCCCAGGUAGUGUCAGAGUGGAUCCAACUGAAGGAAACUACCUGUCUCACCUUGUGGUACUAUAUGGAAAACAGUGACUCAGGGACACUGCAGGUGUACAAGCGAUCCGGGCCAUCAGAGGAGGACCUGAUGUUCCGUAGUAACAGCAGUGGCCGCAGAUGGAGCAGGUUUUCCCAAUCUGUAGAGAAUACGAAGCCUUUCCAGCUGUGGAUUGAAGCAGAGGCUCACAAUAGAGGAUUCAUUGCCAUUGACGACAUCACUUUAACAUCAGGGCCUUGUCAAGCGAAUGAAACGAGUUGGGGAUUUGUGGGUUGCUCAUUUGAAAAUGGCACAUGCGAUUGGGUGGACACCAGCAUGGGCCAGUUUCAGUGGGUGAGAGGAAGGAACGCUACACGAAACAUUGGACCAGCUGUGGACAACACACUGGGCACUGAACUGGGUUGGUACAUGGCGGUGGAGUCGGACAGAGGUGAACAGAUAAGCCCUGCUGCCCUGCAGAGUCCCACCAUGAAACAGGCCGGUGCCACCUGCACGCUCCACUUCUACUACAACCUUUUUGGAGAGGAUAUAGAACAGCUGAAUGUGUCACUGCUGGAGGGCCCCAGGUCCACUACGCUGUGGUGGUUAUCAGGCAGCCAUGGAAAUCUGUGGCAACGUGGGGAGGUGACGGUUGGUAGAAUUCCUCAGGACUUCACCAUCCUGUUUCAAGCCUCCAGAACCUUCAACAAGCCCGGACACAUUGCCAUUGAUGACAUACACUUCACAAACUGCACCCUGCCUGAGCCCCAGCCCGUGUGUCCAGAGAGCAAGUUUCCCUGCAACAACAGUGUGUGUGUUGACAACAACCAAGUGUGUGACUUCAGCGAUGACUGUGGGGACCGGUCCGAUGAGAGCAACUGUGUAGAACAAGGUUUGAUGGAGCGCUGCAGCUUCGAACAGGGCUUGUGCUCCUGGGCAGAGAGUGACGUGGACACACCUGGAGAUGAGUGGCUGCUUCGGAAAGGACAGGAAGCCUGGCCCGUCCAUGGGCCUCACAGGGAUCACACCCACAACUCUGCUGCAGGCCACUAUGUGAUACCUGGGACUUCCCUCAAGAAGAAGGGACAGACAUCAGAGAUUCUCUCCAAAACUUUACUACCCAUCUCGAACUGUACUAUGAGGUUCUUCUACUUCAGCCUGGACAAUUCUACAGCCACACUGACAGCCCAGUCCAGGACACGAGGGUCCGGUAGAGACGACAGCCUGUUAUGGCUCAGGGAAAACUCACAGAGCUACAGCUGGCAGAGAGCAGAGGUCACGUUCUCCUCAUCAGCCAGCAGCAAGAUCGUCUUCAGAUAUGAGCAUGGUGAUGGUCGCAGAGGGAAGGUUGCACUGGAUGACGUAUCUUUUUCCAAAGAGUGUGAAUUUGACCCUGACAACAACGAGCUCCCUGACACGUCACCCACCUCCCCCCCACCUACCUCAACGGCACCAAUCAACCCCUGUCCGGAUAAUACAUUUUUCUGUUGGAGGUCAGCUGGAAAAGUUUGUAUUCCGGCCACCUUACUGUGUGAUUAUCAUCUAGACUGUCCCCAGGGGGAGGACGAGGACGGCUGUGGUCCAUGCUCAUUUGAGAGGGAUCAAUGCAAAUGGUCUGACUCCAGUGAAGGACAGAGCACGUGGCAGAGACAGAAAGCCAGCAACUACACCGAGCCGCCCACUGAUCAUACCACAGACACAGGCUUCUACAUGAGAGUGAAUUUCAGUCAGGGGUCCACACAGAGCGAGUCCCGGCUCCAGAGUCCCUCACUCCCCCUGUCAUCCCACUACUGCCAGAUUCUGUUUCACUUCCACAUCAGUGCUGUGAGUGCUGGGUCACUCAGAGUGCUUAUGCAGCAAGCUGAGGGGAGUGAAGCAAUCCUGUGGUCACGUAGUCACAACACCGUCUCCCAUUGGACUGCAGAGACUCUGCUUCUCGGCCUGCAACAGCAGCCUUAUAAGGUUUUGUUCAGUGGUAUGAACACAGUCACUCAGGAGGCCACAGCCACUGGAGGUUGUAUUUUUGCUGUGGAUGACAUCUCUUUUUUAAACUGUGAAAAAUCCUACCAACCACCAGCUCUGUCUGCAUACAGCUGCCCUUUUGAAGAUGGCCUGUGUCUUUGGGUGCAGGGGGCUGAGGGUGAGCUUGACUGGCUCAGCACAUCUGGUCCCACCGAAACCCCCAACACGGGACCUGCAGGAGACCACACUACUGGCAAAGGGAAAUACCUUUAUAUUAAGAGUUCAACACCAAGUGUGAAGGGGAACAUGGCUCAGAUGAAGUCUGCACUGCUGCCACCUGCUGGAGAAAGGGGAUACUGUCUCACAUUUUGGUACCACAUGUUUGGAGCUACUGUGGGAUCUUUGAAGAUGUUUCUACACUCAGCUGAUCCCUUGAAGAAAAAACUGGUGUGGCAGAAAUCGAGAAAUCAAGGGGAUGAGUGGCUGCUGGUGCAGACCCAUGUGAUGCUGCAGAAAGUCCACCAAGUUAUUCUGGAGGCUACAGUUGGAGGAGAGGCGGGAGAUAUCGCCAUUGAUGACAUCUCCCUCAUCAGUGGACCGUGUCCUGCCUCUGAUUUGUGUGACUUUGAGGAGGGGAGCUGUAACUGGCAGCAGAAGACCACUGAUGACUUUGAUUGGGUCAGAGACUCGGGCUCCACUACCAACCCCAACACAGGACCAGACACCGACCACACCACCAACACGCCCACAGGCCACUACUACUACCUACCCUCGUCUGCUGCCGACAGCACCGACCAGAAAGCUGCAAUGUCUUCACCCCUGUACCCUGCAGGAAAAGGAGCUUGUGUGCAGCUGUGGUUCCACAUGUAUGGAAAAGGCGUGGGGACGCUGAAUGUUUACCAGCAGAGUGAAGACGGGAAGGAAGCUCUGAUUUUCUCUCAGACAGGAGACCAGGGCUGGCUGUGGAGGUUCGCUCAGGCUUCACUUCUGCCUCGUGGUCAGCCUUACAGGAUUGUGGUGGAAGGUGUAAAGUCAGGCUCCACUCAGGAGGGAGACAUGGCUUUUGAUGACGUACAUCUGACGGAGGCUCAGUGUCCUCCUCAUGGAUUCUGUGACUUUGAGAUCAACAUGUGCAGCUGGAGCAACCUGGGUGGAGACGUUGACCAGGGGAACUGGCUCCGCGGUAGGGGGGACUCUCCAAACCCGAACACCGGACCCAGUUUGGAUCACACCACCAACUCAACACAUGGUUAUUAUCUGUAUGUGGACAGCUUAGUGGGAGAGUGGGGAGACAGGUCCUUCCUGAUCAGUGAUGUGUUCCAGCCGUCCAUUAGAGGGCACUGUCUCAUCUUCUGGUACCACAUGUAUGGCAGCCAUGUUGGGACUCUCAGAGUUUUCAUAAAUGACAGAAAAAUGCAAUCAGGUGGCAGUGAAGAAGGAAAUCUGAAGUGGAUUGAGUCGGGAAACAAGGGAGAUAAGUGGCAGAUGGCUCAAGUGCCUAUUAAACAUGAAGAUGCAUUCUGGUUCGUGUUUGUGUAUCAGAGGGGGGAGAAUAAAGGUGGGGACGUCGCUCUCGAUGACAUCACCAUCUUCCCUGGCAGCUGUUACACAGACCCCCCCAUCGACCCUCCUGAUGAACACUAUGAUAUGUUGUCCUUAGGCCUCGCAGUGGGUCUGACUCUGUUGGCUGGAGUUGUCAUCACCGUCUUCCUCUUCAGGCUGAACAAGAGACGCUGCACAAUGAACCAGAACUCAGUGUUGGACUUCUUUGACUGCAAAACAGGUGGCACACAACAUGGAACUGAAUCGGACCUUUCCUUUGAGAACAGGCUGUACAAUAUGUCGCCGAACUUAACCGACACCUGUGUGGGCUCAUCUGACACUUAGACCAGAUUCAUAAUUAUAAUAGAACAAAUCCACCAUAAAGUAUGUCAAUUAUUCCUGUGAACUUCUAAUUCCACUAAAACUAUGUACAAGAUGAAACCAUCACAUGGUAUUGUGCUGAGCAAAAUAAACGACUGUUCAACUGGA